AAAAAAAGUUAAGUCCUGAGGUAGUGACAUAGUCCUGGUUGAGGGUAGAGCCAGCAGUGAGCACUGGUCUCAUCUGUUCACUCACAAAUGUGUGCUGGGCGCUGGGUGAGCAGCAGGGCUGGACACAGGUGCUGCAGGUUGGCCUGGGAGGGCCAAUUUCUGUUUGCUCACUCUUCCACUACACCUUGGGGCUGCAUGGAUGGAGUUUGAGGAAUUGGUUGCUGAGUGCUGUGUUUUACGGCUUCUGACCACACGGCAGUGCUGUGAAACUUCCUCAGGGAUGGCAUGGAUGCCAAGCAGGUGUGGCAGCUCUGCAGCAGAAGCACCUGCCACAAAGGCAGAUGAUGACUCCUUCCUCCAGUGGUUGCUGCUUCUCAUCCCUGUGACUGCCUUUGGCCUGGGGACGUGGCAGGUCCAGCGUCGAAAACGGAAGCUGAAACUCAUCGCAGAGUUAGAGUCUCGAGUCAUGGCUGAGCCUGUCCCUCUGCCGGCAGACCCAGUGGAGCUGAAUAAUCUGGAGUAUAAGCCAGUGACAGUCCGGGGGCACUUUGACCACUCCAAGGAGCUGUAUAUGAUGCCCCGGACCAUGGUGGACCCUGCGCGAGAGGCCCGGGAGGCUGGCCGCAUCUCCUCCUCAGCUGAGAGUGGGGCCUUUGUAGUCACUCCCUUCCACUGUGAUGACCUGGGGGUCACCAUCCUGGUAAACAGAGGGUUUGUCCCCAGAAAGAAGGUCAAUCCAAAUACCCGGCAGAAAGGCCAGGUUGAGGGAGAAGUGGCCCUGACUGGGGUGGUGAGGCUGACAGAAACCAGGAAGCCCUUUGUCCCUGAGAACAACCCAGAAAGGAACCACUGGCAUUACCGGGACCUGGAGGCCAUGUCCAGGACCACAGGCGCAGACCCCAUUUUCAUCGAUGCUGAUUUCAAAAGCACCAUCCCUGGAGGACCCAUUGGAGGGCAAACUAGAGUCACCCUGAGGAACGAGCACAUGCAGUACAUCAUUACCUGGUAUGGGCUGUGUGCAGCCACAUCGUACCUAUGGUUUAAGAAGUUUCUACACCGGACGCCUGGCAUGUGACAGGGUCGUUAUAGCCGUGCCCCUAUUUAAAAAGCUCACUUUUGAAAUAAAAACUUCAGUCU